CUCUAUCUGAUUUAUAUCAAUGAUUUACUAGAAAGAAUUGGUGCUUUUGCUAGUCUGAGUCUAUACGUAGAUGAUACAAAACUGUAUAAACACAUAACGAAAGACGUCGAUGAGAACGAUUUAAUACUAGUUUUAGAUUUAGAUAGUAUAAAAAAAUGGUAUAAUAAAUGGUCGCUGAAAUUGAAUAUUAAAUAA